CCCGUUUUAGAUGUUAUAGAUAGAUAUAGAUCUAUAAAGAAUCCGCGCCAACACUUCACAAUUAAAUGAGAGCUAUGCUGACCGGGCGGGAAAGCUUGCUUAGGGUUAUCGGCAAACCUCGCCGAUUUCUGCCCAAUCGCCGCUAUAUUCUCUCCGCUGCCUCUGCCUCUGCCUCCGACGCCGCCUCCCAGAGUUGUUUGAAAGAUAAUGCGAAAGGAGAUUCCGUGGAAAAAGGAUCCCAUGGCGGCAAUGACCUGGCAGAAUCGGUGAAUUGUCCUGUCUGUGGCGUCGGACUCCCUAGUCUGGAUAAUGCCUUAGUCAACUCGCAUUUAGAUGACUGCCUUUCCAGAGGAAGUAAGCGGAAAUUCAGCCAGGUUACACUUCUUCAGUUGAACUUCUCAAGGUCAAAAGUUAAAAUUCGCUCUGGUGAGCUAGCUGAUAAGGAAAAUCAAGUUUUCCUGAAUGAACCCAAAAGUAUAAGCACUUGUGGUGCAAUUCAAAAUUCAAAUGAGUUGGUGUGUUGUGAAGAAAAUUAUAACGAGCUCCACUCGAUGUCGUAUAGUAACAAUCCAUCCGCAAAUUGUGUAGAACCUCUUGUUGCUAAAGACUCUUCUGAUGAUAAGUUUGUGUCGCCACCAUGCAUUGAGACGACUAGCCAUGUUCCAGAAGAAUGUUUGGAUGAUUUUGACAUAUCUAAGGUGUUUAUCUCAACUUCCAUUGUUGGCCGUAGGUAUGGUAGUGCGGAGGUGUUAGAUCCUGAAUCAAAGAUUUGCCUUUGUAGAGACCCUGAGAAUGUUAAAGAUCCAAAUGCUAUCAAGGUACUUUAUGUGGACUCUGAAUAUGAUAACGUGCUGGGUUAUAUACCGCGGGACUUGGCCCAAUGCCUGUCUCCUUUAAUGGACAAGUUCCACUUAAACUUUGAGGGUAGUAUCACUGCCAUGCCAAAAGAUUCCCGCGCUGCUGUUCCGAUGCAGAUAGCAUGCAAAAAUAUAGAAUUAUGUGAUCAUAUAUGUAGCGAGAACAUUCAAGAUUUUAAGUCUUUGUGGAGAGAUGUUCUACGUGUUGUUGAUCUUGCGAAGUCUAAUCCCUCUGGGAUGACCAGGUCAAUGAAUAACCUGGUACUGCUUAUACAAGAAGUUUUAAAGAGCAAUCCACAUCUUUUCACGGACAGCGAGAAGUCUUUCUUAGAAUCUUUUGUGUCGCUUCAAGAUGAUAGUAAGAGGCUGUUUGCUCGGCUUUAUACACGCAAAGGGCCCUGGUUUCGAAUGUCUACUAUUUCAUACCCUGACAUAGCUGAUUGCCACCUAGCAGCAAAGAAACUUUUAGGAUAUAUUUCUUCGCUCCAGAGAGAGAAUGAAUUAGAAGACGAUCACUUAGAGGAGGUCUUGAACCUGCUUAACGUUGAUGAGCUACGGGGAGCUUUGCGAGUGCUUAACAAGAAAUGCAGUCAUGGUACCCGAAAGAAAGAGAUCAUUGAUUUGCUUCUAUCUUUGGGCAACCCUGAGCUUCAGAGUUCUGUUUUGAAAGUAACUGGUUUCUGUGUUAAAGUAUCUCCGUUGGCUGAAUCUCUAUUAUGGCGAGCUGAGUCAGCCGAGAAAUUAUUUCUUAAGAUCAAGCAGGAGCUAAUACUUUAUCACUUUUACACUGACUUACCCACACAUAAUGUCAUCGUUAAGUCUAGGCUUUUCUUUCUUAAUGGAGAACAAGACUUGUCGGCAUUUUUGCUUGUGGAUCUAGGCAUAGUGAAAUAUCCUGCUUACAGAUGCAUAGUCUCAGAGCCCAUCUUUUCAAGUAGGAGCGACUUGCUGUUGUAUGAAGAGGCUAUUGAGAUUUCGCAAAUUAUGGCUGAAUCACUUGAUGAGAACAAGUCCGAGUUGAUUUUAAAAUGUAUAGAGAUUUCUGUUUCACGCAUGCCAAUUUCGUUUGAAGAGGACAAAUCGUCUAGCGGUGAAUCAACGGCUACCUUUCAAUCACACUUUUCAGCCUCGUGGGUCUACUCUAAGGUGGUCCUAUUGGGUGUUUCCUUUCUUGAGCGGGAGAAGAGGUACACUGAUGCCAUCAAUCUACUCAAACAGCUACUGAACACUUUUAUAUCUGAUAGAAGAAGAGGAUAUUGGACUUUAAGGCUUUCUGUUGAUCUGGAACAUCUGGGGCGUAUAGAUGAUAGUCUGCAAGUUGCGGAAAAUGGCUUACUCGAUUCAUGGGUUCGUGCUGGCGCAAGAAUUGCCCUCCAAAGGCGGGUAUUGAGAUUAGGGAAACCUCCCAGGCGCUGGAAAACACCCAGCUACUCCAAAUCCAUGAAGAGGAGGAUUUUUGAGGUUCAUGUUCAAGGAAGACCGCUGAAUUGUAAAACAGGAAUGAAGAGCGUGUUUUAUGGUGAAGAUGGAGAACGAUGUGGGGUUGAACAGCUCGCAUUACAGUAUUAUGCUGGGGAAGGCGGUGGCUGGCAGGGUCUCCACACGGAGAGUGGCAUUUGGCUAACCAUUUUCGGUAUUUUAAUGUGGGAUGUGAUUUUUGCCGAGGUACCAAAUGUCUUCCAAAACAAAUUUCAGAACCUAAUCGAAGCACAAUGCGAAAAAAUCCGAGAUGGCAUGGCGGAGGAAAUACUUGUCACAUCAUGGGAUUUGCAUGUCGGGACAUCGUGCCGAGGAGUCAACUGGGAGAAGCACUCGUUGACCGACCUUCGGGCGGCCGUGAAGUGCAUAGGAGGGGCCUGCCUCGCGUCCAUAUGCCGCCACCUGGCGCAGGACUACCGAAGCUGGUCAAGCGGCAUGCCUGAUUUGCUCCUCUGGCGGCUGCAUGACUGUUACUACAGUGGGGAGGCGAAGCUUGUGGAGGUGAAGGGCCCGAGGGACAGGCUUUCUGAACAGCAACGCGCGUGGCUCUUGGUUCUAAUGGACUGUGGUUUUUGUGUCGAGGUGUACUUAGUUAAGUGGGACUACACAUGGAAUUUGGGAAGAUUCAGUGAUUUU